UGUGUGUGUGUGUGUGUGUGUGUGCGUUCGCUGUCUCUUUCCGGGAAAGGGACGAGUUUGGUUGUUAAAAUGUAAGUGAGAGAGAUCAAGAAGGGGAGAACAAACUCUGGCUGUGCGACGAGGCUGACGGCAGUUGUGGUGUAAGAAGAACAAAACAUGCACCGAUGACUAGAUCCCAUUCCAAUCAUUGUUGAAUGAUGAUCAGAGAACUGUUUAUAGUGCGCCAUCCUCUCUCUGUGUGCGUACCUGUGAACCACCCGGUGACUCUGAGUGUCCGUGCCGAGGGCACAGGGGUCCUCAGAUACCAGUGGUUCAGCGAAGAGGACAAUGAGGUUUUCGGUGGCACUCAAGCAGACCUGACAAUCAGACCCAGAAAGACACAGCUCUAUGUGUGCCGAGUGAAUGACCACUUCUGUAACUGCGUGUUCACCAAAUGGGUGAAGGUGAAGGUGUGGGACAUUGAUAAAUCAGGUUUGCCAGUACACUGGCAGGGCGAGCUGAACAUUGCCGUCAACCCUAAACCCCAGACAAUCCGACCAGGUUCGAAGCUCGCUCUCCGCUGCGUUGCCUUUGGCAUUCCUGCUCCAGACUACCAGUGGUACAGAAAUGGACUGCCCCUGACAGAUAUGACUGGUGACACGCUGUGGAUUGACCGUGCGACAGCUGAACAUGGAGGCACGUACCUGUGCUCGAUAUCUAACAAGCUGGAUGAGAUAUGGACUAAACCAGUGGAUGUUGACAUCGUACAAACUGAGCAUCUACCUCCGGCAGCACCCACAGCCACAGACAAAGUUGCCCUACUUAUUGGCAACCUGAAUUACACCAACCACCCCGCCUUGAUGGCCCCCAUCAUGGACGUGCAUGAGCUGGCCAACCUCCUACAGCAGCUCGGCUUCAGAGUGGUUUCCCUGCUGGAUCUCACCAGGGAGGAGAUGCUGGCAGCGAUUGAAAAGUUCAUCCAGCUCCUUGACACAGGAGUUUAUGGCCUUUUCUACUAUGCGGGUCAUGGGUACGAGUGUGCCGGGAGGAAUUACUUGGUAGCGGUCGAUGCUCCACAACCAUACAAACCUGAAAACUGUGUGUGUGUGCAGAGGGUCAUGCUUGAAAUGCAGCAAAAACAGACGGCACUUAGUGUAAUCCUGCUGGAUACCUGUCGAAAAUGGUACAACCAGGAUCGCAUACCUUCAGCCAUCAUGCCACUGAAACCUUUUGGGAAUACAGUUUAUGGUUAUGCCACAUGUGAAGAUGCUGAGGCUUUUGAGGUCCAGGACGGACGGAAAAGUACUGGAAUCUUCACCAAGUACUUGAACAAGCACAUACUUCAGGCCGACAAGGUCACCCACGUCUUAGAGAGGGUGUCUGAGGAUCUAGGCAGAGACCCUUUAGUAACAGACAAGCAGGCCGUGGAGGUCAAACACACCCUGAAGGAACCUCGAUCCCUUGCAGAUCCAGUUCGGGCCACAGGCCACACAAGGGAACUACACCUGCGAGAGGCCUGCUGGAGACAAGCAAACGAGCUACCACGGAAGAAGCGUCUGAUGUUUCCUUGCAGAGUAGAGGUGGAAGUCAGCUUCUCAGCUUUGUUCUCCAAUGUCUUGGUGGCUUUUGCCUCAGUAAAGACUAUCGGCCCCCGAACCCAGGACUGCACCGUAUCUCUGAGCAGCAUACCUCCAAUGGAAGACAUAUUUUCCGGCCCUGACAAGUCAGAGGAUAUGGACACGCUACUAUUUAACAAUUCCCAUAACCCAGACUGCACAAUGAGGCUUUGUGCUCUUCAGAAGCUUAAGGAAUCAUUGGUUAUCAAGGUGGAUCUACACUAUACUCACACAGACAGUAAGCUGCGCCAGACAGAGAGCAAACACUUGGACACGGGAAGACCCCUGGUGGCCUCCUGUAAAUUAUACAGGAGGAGGAAUCAUGCUGUGACAGACAGAAGACACAAAGAUGCUGCUGCUCAAAGUAUGGGCAACAUUUCAGGCAGCAAACAGACUCCGCCUGGUCCCUGUCGUCCUUUCACCAGAAAGGCAGUGUGCGCUGCUAAAGUUGCCAUUACGAGGAGCAACGAACCCGAGGAGAAUGAUGAGACUGAUCUGUGAGACUGCAGUCUUCGCCAUUUGACCUCUCUGGUUCUAUUACUGUAAAUAGGUACAACUUUGAAAGUUGGAAUUUGUUUUUCCUUUUUUUAUUUUUUAUUCUGAUGUGAUUAGGAAUGACUUGUCAUGUAUCUAACUUCUGCCUGUGGUUCAUGAUGAUGAAUGUGUGAGUGGAUGAGACUCGUGUUUAGUUUGUCAUAGCUUUCAACUCUGCACUGAAUGUUUUUUUUUUCCCACUGUUAACACUUACUUUCACUAACCACUUAUUUCAUCGUAAAUUUUAUAAUAUGUAAAAUAUUACUUGUGCAUGGCACUUUUUCAUCAGUGGCAAGCUGGCUAGCCUAAUUUAUCAAAUACAGACUACCACUGUUAUCACAAUCUUGAUGGUCAAUCUUUGAAAUAUGAUUGUUAUUAAAUAUGUCUGUAUCAAAUCAACUGUUUAAAUGUUAUUAUUUAAAUGUAAAACAAGUUUGUGAUGUAAUAGAAUACAUGCAAGUAAACAAUUAUGAUAGUGA